CACUAGUUCAAAGAAGGGCCCGCUUCUCCAACUGCGGACAACGAGUUUCCGAACUGGUAAAUUGCUGUGAAAUUUACCAAACUGUCAGUCACCAUCAAUGGCGCAAUGCUCUGUCUUAUACUCCUACAACUGCAAUACUUGUCAGCUUCUAAGCAAUCCUCGAAUCCGAACGUGGAAGCGUUGAUUAGAUUGCUUACUGCUGAUGAUUAAAACCCUAAACGAACCUACCGCCAGAUUUGGGAAUUCAUAACUUAUUCUCCGUUGUAAAUAUUGAGAGCGAGAGAGAGUUGAUACUUGAUAGUCCGCAACUGUAGUGCACUGAAAACCUAGUGGUCUGCGAGCUUUGAGUGGAUUUGCAAGGAAAAUGGCGAGCCGUGGUCGCAUCGAAUUCUUUGCUCAGCUCGAUCUGAGAUUGUUUGGAGUGAUCGCGUGAAGAAUGUUUGGAGAAUCCGAUUGCGGGGAUUAUAAAGUUUUGAAUCAUCGGUUUUUGUGGUUUAUGUUGAUCGAAUUUUAGAUGAGUGUUUGAGGUUUGAGAAGUGGCAGCACGUGACGAUUGGUGGUGGGCAAAAUGAGCAGCAGCGAGGGGAAAGGUGUGAGUGUUCGUGACCUGGUCGAGGAAGCUAAGAAGCGGAUUGUUUUUGUGAUCGUAAGUGUUGUUGGAUUGUCAUACCUCAUGUCAUUAACAAGUUCCUCGGUUCUAGUCAACUUGCCUGCUGCUCUCUUGUUAAUAAUCACACUUCGCUAUUUGUCGUUUGAUAUUGACAUACGGAGGAAAUCUGCAACUUACAAUAGCAAACAAACAUCAGCAAACAUUUCUUCUGAUAAAAAUGUGCUUAAGAUUAAGGGCCUCAGAGUUGAGGCAGAAAGGUCUGACUGGAAGCAUAAUGUGAACUCUCCUGUUGUUGAAGAUGCAAUUGAUCAAUUCACUAGACAUAUUGUCUCUGAGUGGGUGACAGAUCUGUGGUACUCACGCAUAACGCCAGAUAGACAGGGUCCAGAAGAGAUCGUAUUGAUCAUGAAUGGCGUACUUGGAGUAAUUUCAAAUCGCAUGAAAAAUAUUAAUUUAAUAGAUCUUUUAACGGGGGAUAUUAUCAAAAUUGUAUGUCGUAGGCUGGAGCUCUUUCGUGCAACACAGGCAAAGAUUGAGAGACGUCAAUCAAAAUCCUUGACCGUUGAAGAGCGAGAUAUAGAACUGAAGUCUCUUCUGGCUGCUGAGAACAAACUGCAUCCCAUUUUAUUUUCUGCUGAAGCUGAGCAUAAGGUUCUCCAGCAUGUUGUGGAUGGCCUUAUUGUAGUUACAUUUAGGGCGGAGGAUCUGAGAUGCUCUUUGUUCCGCUAUAUUGUCAGAGAAUUACUUGCUUGUGUUGUAAUAAGGCCAGUUCUGAAUCUUGCUAACCCCAGGUUUGUUAAUGAGAGAAUAGAGUCUUUUGUUAUUUCUAGAAAAGUUGAAAAGGGAAGUGUGGUGACAAACACAACAUCAGAGUCUAGAACAAAUGCACCAUCUGAUCAUACCACACAAAUAGCAGAUCCUUCUGUCAAGGGUGUGGAACUCGUACAAUUGAAGAAGGGUGAAAAGAAGAAAGAGGUCAAUAGUCAUAAAUCAGAUGCCGUGAAUCGAGAACUCCUUUCUAAGGAUCCAUUGCUUGCCAUGGAUACACAGUCAACUCGCUCUUGGAAUUCUUUUCCAGACACCCAUAAUGGUGAGGAGAGAGGUCUUCAAAAAGAACUCUCAGGGGGAGAAUGGGCUAAUGCUCUAGAUGUGUUUUCUCGAAGAAAAACUGAGGCCCUGGCUCCAGAACAUUUUGAAAAUAUGUGGACAAUGGGAAGAGGCUACAGAAGGAAGGAAGAUACAGAUACAUUGCCUGAUCCUUCACAGAGAAACUCUGUAGUGGGGGCAUCCAAUUCAGUGAUGCAGAAAAAUGGUCUUCCCGUGCAGAAGAAUAAGGAGAAGAGCAUAACAGUGAAUGGGAAAGAUAUGUUGCACUCUGGAUUUAACAGAAAGCCGGAGGAAGACAAUGUUGAAUCCUUACGCGAAGAGGAAGAUCUUGAAAGUUUGCCUUCUGAUGAGGAUGAAUCCUGGAGCAGUAGUUAUACUGAGGAGGAUGAUAUGAUCAAUGCUACGGGUCUUGACUCCCCAGGGGUUAAAGUUUGGGAUGGUAAAAAUAAAAGAAAUUUCAGCCACAUUCAUCAUCCUCUCGAAACUUCUGACAGGCAUAGGAGCACAAAGACUAAGAACAGUCAACUUCGUUCCACACUAAAGAGAAAAAAGUCUGCUAAGAAAAGAUCUCGAUCUAGUACUCAUAAUGGUCAAGUCUGGCAAGAGGUAGAACGAACGAGUUAUUUAUUAGGAGAAGGGAAGGAUGUGUUGAACCACGCCAAAGUGACAGGCAAGCCUGGAGACUCGAGUGAGGGCUCUGAGGCAGAGCUAUUGGGUAGAACUAAUAGUGGAGCUACAACUUCAUCAUCUUCUUUACCUGAAAGUCAAAGUCUGGCUGCUAAUUCAGCAAAAACUUCACUAAUCGCUGAUUCAUAUUUUAAAUUAAGAUGUGAGGUAUUGGGUGCCAAUAUUGUAAAGAGUGGAUCCAAAACCUUUGCUGUUUAUUGCAUUUCCGUUACUGAUAUGAACAGUCACAGUUGGUCUAUCAAAAGAAUGUAUCAACACUUUGUGGAGUUACAUAGGCGUUUGAAAGAGUUCCCUGAAUAUAAUCUCCAUUUGCCACCAAAGCAUUUCCUCUCAACUGGCUUGGAUGUGUUUGUCAUCCAAGAGCGAUGCAAAUUGCUUGACCAGUAUCUGAAGAAACUUCUGCUGUUUCCUACUAUUUCCUGCUCAAUCGAAGUUUGGGAUUUUCUUAGUGUUGAUUCCCAGAUGUAUAUAUUUUCAGAUUCAUUGUCCAUAAUUGAUACUCUUUCAGUUGACGUAGAUGAAAUAGCACGUCCAAAGAUCAAGGACUACAGGGAUAAUGUAGGGCCUGUAUAUGAACAGUUAUCAUCCAAAACUGAAAUUCUCAGUCAUGGAAACCAAGAUUCUGCUUCUCGAAUCAAGGGUGACCAAGCUACUGAUGGAUCAGGGUUGAAAGGAAAAGGUCAACUUCCAUCUUCAUCAAAAAAGCCUGAAAAUGAAUUCAAGAAGAGUUUUGAUUACUUAAAUAAUAGCUCAAAAAUCUCAGAGCAAACGAACAUAAAGCGGUCGAGUAAUUUAGAAAAGACUGUGGAUAGAGACCAUGAAAAAUCGCAUUCUCUUGCUGCUGAAGAUUCCUCUGAUCCAAUGCUUCCCAGUGAGCAGUGGGUGCCGCCAAAUCUUAAUGUUCAUGUGUUUGAUUUGGUUGAUGUCAUUUUACAACUUAAAGAUGGUGGAUGGAUCAGGAGAAAAGCUUUCUGGGUAGCGAAACAGGUUCUACAAUUGGGAAUGGGUGAUGCUUUUGAUGAUUGGUUGAUUGAGAAAAUACAGCGCUUAUGUAGGGGAUCAGUGGUUGCUUCUGGAAUCAGGCGGUUGGAGAAGAUACUAUGGCCUGAUGGAAUAUUCAUAACUAAGCACCCUAGGAGACAGCGACCUCCUCCUGAUACUCCAUCCCCUGUGGAUCAAUCUUCCGCUCCAUAUUCUUCACCUAAAAAGGGAGAUACACUGACUCUGGAGGAAAUACAAGAACAGGAAGCUAAACGGCGAGCCAAAUUUGUUUAUGAAUUGAUGAUUGACAAGGCUCCAUCAGCUAUUGUAGGCCUCGUUGGACGUAAGGAAUAUGAGCAAUGUGCAAAAGAUCUCUACUAUUUCAUUCAGUCAUCCGUUUUCAUGAAGCAGCUAGCUUUUGAUCUUCUCAAGCUGCUGCUUGUAUCUUCAUUUCCAGAACUUGAUCAUGUUUUCAGAGAAUUGGAUCAGGACAAAGAGAAGUUUGGCAAACCCACAUAGAGCUAGGAUAGUUUGAGGGAUAAAAAAUGUGCUAUAAAGAAAAGAGUGUUUUUUUGCUUGAGAGAAUAUAAGAUUUGUUGAGUAAGUGUGUACAGAUAGAUCUUUAGUUUCAUAGACCAUUGAAAGGAAAAAAAACAAAUAACUUUUUGCAAUCAUAAUGUGUAUGCAAAGAGUAGUGUUCAAUGUUGAUAAUUGGCUCAGUAAUAUGUCAAUCACUAUUAUUCUGAAUUUAUGAAGUAGAGCAUAUUUUAUUUGCUUCGGA